GCCCAGGGCAUUGGUUUUAAUCUAAAUAGUUGAAUAUAAAGUGUGCGAAAAUUCGUUGGUUCUCUCUCUCUCUCUCUCAGCUUCGUCAGAGUCAGCCGGCGGGAACGCAUUGAGAAUUUGAGAUCGUUUCUGAAUUUCAAUUUGUUGUGGUGUCAUAUUACAGGAACUUUGAGAUACAAUGUCUGUGGUUGAUGAGCCCCUGUAUCCAAUUGCUGUUCUCAUAGAUGAGCUAAAAAAUGAUGACAUCCAGCUAAGGCUGAAAUCAAUCCGUAGACUAUCGACAAUUGCUCGUGCUCUUGGGGAGGAGCGAACCCGGAAGGAAUUAAUUCCAUUAUUGAGUGAAAACAAUGAUGAUGAUGAUGAGGUUCUUCUCACAAUGGCAGAGGAGUUGGGAGUGUUCAUCCCCUAUGUUGGGGGAGUAGAGCAUGCCCAUGUUUUGCUUCCACCUUUGGAAACCCUUUGUACUGUGGAGGAAACAUGUGUGAGAGAUAAAGCUGUGGAAUCCUUGUGUAGGAUUGGAUCCCAGAUGAAGGAGAGUGACUUGGUUGACUGGUUCAUUCCUCUGGUCAAGAGACUGGCCGCUGGAGAAUGGUUUACGGCUCGAGUUUCUGCAUGUGGACUAUUUCAUAUUGCUUAUCCAAGUGCCUCUGAUAUGUUAAAAACAGAAUUGCAUUCAAUAUACAGCCAACUUUGUCAAGAUGAUAUGCCCAUGGUUAGAAGGUCUGCAGCCUCAAAUCUAGGGAAAUUUGCUGCAACUGUUGAACCUGCUCAUUUGAAGACUGACAUCAUGUCAAUAUUUGAGGAUCUUACCCAGGAUGAUCAGGAUUCUGUUCGUUUAUUGGCUGUUGAGGGUUGUGCUGCUCUUGGAAAGCUGUUGGAGCCCCAGGAUUGUAUUGCACAUAUUCUCCCUGUUAUUGUCAACUUCUCUCAGGACAAAUCUUGGCGUGUACGCCACAUGGUUGCAAAUCAAUUAUGUAAACUUUGUGAAGCUAUGGGGCCUGAACCUACUAGGACUGACUUGGUUCCUGCAUAUGUACGCUUGCUUCGUGACAAUGAGGCUGAAGUACGUAUAGCAGCUGCUGGCAAAGUAACCAAGUUCUGCUGCAUUUUAAAUCCGGAACUUGCUAUUCAGCAUAUUCUCCCCUGUGUAAAGGAACUUUCAUCAGAUUCUUCCCAGCAUGUCCGGUCUGCUUUGGCUUCAGUUAUAAUGGAAAUGGCUCCUGUCCUGGGGAAGGAUGCUACCAUUGAGCAGCUUCUUCCAAUUUUUCUUUCCCUUUUGAAGGAUGAUUUUCCUGAUGUGCGCCUCAACAUAAUCAGCAAGCUUGAUCAAGUGAAUCCGGUUAUUGGAAUUGAUCUACUUUCCCAGUCAUUAUUGCCGGCCAUUGUUGAGCUUGCAGAGGAUAGACAUUGGAGAGUUCGGCUUGCAAUCAUAGAGUACAUACCUUUAUUGGCUAGUCAGUUGGGUGUUGGGUUCUUUGAUGAUAAACUUGGGGCUCUUUGCAUGCAGUGGCUACAGGAUAAGGUUUACUCAAUUCGUGAUGCUGCUGCAAAUAAUUUAAAGCGGCUCACUGAAGAGUUUGGUUCAGAGUGGGCAAUGCAGCACGUAAUUCCACAGGUCUUGGAGAUGAGUAACAAUCCUCAGUAUUUGUACCGAAUGACUAUUUUACGUGCUGUCUCACUCCUUGCAUCUGUAAUGGGCUCAGAAAUUACAUGUUCUAAACUGCUGCCACUGCUCAUCAUCGCAUCAAAAGACAGGGUACCGAACAUUAAGUUCAAUGUGGCAAAGAUUCUGAUGUCCCUCAUUCCCAUAGUUGAUCAAUCUGUAGUGGAGAAGACCAUCCGGCCCUGUUUGGUUGAACUGAGUGAGGAUCCAGAUGUUGAUGUCCGGUUUUUUGCCAACCAAGCAAUUCAGGCAAUCUAGCACUUCAGGCUAGACGCCUUUUAUACACACGGCUGAACUUACAAAUUAUGAGUAUGACCAUUUUGCUGGAGGCGCCAUAUUUCUGUACAUCAGGUUAGUUCCCUUUCCCUUAAUACUUCCACUGUUCUAGGGCACUUUUUACACUUAUGAGCCUGUGACUAAAAUGUAACUGCCAUUUUGGCUUUUAAUUUUAAGUGCUUUUGCCAAUAGUGUGCUUGAUAAACCUGUCCAUGUAUUUUCCCCCCUAUAUUUUCUUUAUUUAAUUCCCAUUAUAAAAAUAAAAAAUGGCAUUUUUUGUUUCAAGAUUUCCAUACUGCUUGGUUUCCUUCUGCAAGACUGGUUGGAGUCCUUAAAAGGGAGGUUCGGUGGAUUUUUAGCCUCCCUGUAAAUAAGGGAGCAUGUCUUUCCAGAUUUGGCUGGAAUUUAUGUAUUUUAUAAUUGGGGAUAUAUUGGGAUUUGUGAUCUAUAUUCUCGUGAUGAAAUGGAUGAUAGUGAAAUGUAUAUCUAUGGGGUGGAGUUCAAUUGUUAUGAGAUAAUAGAUAAAACAAAAAAACUUCCACAA